GAAUAAUGGUAAAAGACACUCAUAUGGAACGAAACGCUACCGUCAAGCAACUAGCGUUGUGAAGGAAAUAUGGAAUACUGAAGCUGAAGAGUUUGUAUCUUGUCCGUUAAGUUAAAAUAUGGAUAUUCCAGCUGAUGACCACUUAGUUGGGUUGGGAUUUGAUGUGGAUGCUUCGGUUGUAAAUAAGAAGAGAAAAUUCAAAUCGUCAAAUGCUAAACAGUAUAGGUUAUCUCAUGACAUCAAAGUUUCAGCAAUAAACAAGCAGAGCAAAAUACCUCGGCCCAUCUAUUCAUUUGGGAGCAAAUCCUGUCAAAUUAGUGACCUGAUUUUACAUAACUUGUCCGGGCUAGGAUAUAAAACCCCAACACCCAUACAAUCCCAAAGCAUUCCGAUUAUGAUGCAGCACCGUAACCUACUUGCAUGUGCACCAACGGGUUCCGGGAAAACAGCAGCUUAUCUUCUCCCAGUGCUCACUCAGUUGCUACGUACAAAUUCCUCUGGAAAUUCCGAGCCCAUUGACAAUAUAACUGAGAAGACAUCAUCGAAACAUAAGAUAUUCCCAUUUGCUGUGAUCUUGGCUCCAACUCAGGAACUAAUGCAUCAAAUUCGUUCCGAGGCUAUUAGGCUAUUUUCUGGAAUCCAAGCAGACUGUUAUAUAGCUGCGUUGCACAAAAAGCAUUAUCUUGUUCGUUGCAGAAAGAAGGCAAAGAACGUUUCUGAAAAUGAUGUUUUAACAACGAAAUCAAGAAAAGUUCGUGAAUUAAAAUUACACUCAAGCACUAAAAUCCUCAUUUCUACCCCUAGUCGAUUAAGUACUCUAUUGUCUCUUCCAUCAGAACACUGUCCCAUUGAUUUAUCCAGAUUGUCUUGGCUUGUAGUAGAUGAAUGCGAUAAAAUGCUGGAAGUCAAUUUUAACGAUAUAUCUUUUUCUAACACUGAACAUGGUAACAAGGCAAAAUACCGACCUCGAGGAUUUCAUAAUCAAGUUGCGCCUAUUUUUGAAUCUAUUCAGAAAGUAAACCUCACUGGACAAUCAACUAAGAGACCCACAGUCGCUUUAUUUUCGGCUACUGUUCCUGAUGAAGUUGUUUCAUGGGCACGAAAUCAGCUACCUGUCCUCUUAAAAUUGGACGGUCCGGAAUAUGAGUUAAUUCAGUUACGAGUAGGUAUCCGAAAUGCUGCUGUUUCUACUGUCAAACAAGAGUUACGUUAUUGUGCUACAGAACAGGGAAAACUGUUAGAGAUGCGUUAUCUACUGGCUAAUGGACUAGCUUAUCCAUGUUUAAUUUUUAUGCAGUCUCGAGAUAGAGCCAACGAAAUUCUUAAGGAAAUCCUUUUGUCUGAUGCAGAUAUUCUUGCGAAUGUUAUUUCAAGUGACAAAACAGAAGCACAAGUAUGUGUACAUUUUUAGGUAGAGAUUUUUAUGUUAAAGUUUAUUUUCCUGCUUGGUGAUGACUAUAGUAGCAGUGUAGUGUGUGCUAUUUGUGCUGACAGAUAUAAGUAGUAUGUAGCCGCAAUAGGAAAUGGAAUGCCUGGCAGCAGCAUAUUGAAAUAACGAGAACAGGAGGAAAUCGACGAGCAAUCGAAAUAACAACAGAAUUAAAGGAAUAGUGGAGUAUGUAAAGGACAAUGCAAAGAAGCUGUGCGAAUGACGUAUUUAAUGUAUGAUUUUCAUAUUUUACAAAGACGCUGUGUGAUUUUACAUUAAAUAGUUUUCGUUCACUACAGUAGUAGUCACAAAAUAUUCAUUACAAUGUGAAAUUAUUAAAAAGAUCCUUUUUGAAAGUUCAUGCCCUAUAGUUUGGUUUAUUCAUGGUUUUAUUUGUUAUACAGUUUCUAUUUGUUAUAUAAGAACUUAAAGUAUCAUGUGAUAGUUAGACCUAAUUGUCUUAUCUAGCCACCUUGAAAAAGUACAACUGAACACUUAGAAGCACAAAUAUAACUAAAUGCCACUCAGUCAUAUAUUUAUAGACGAGUUACUUAGUAAUUGGGGGAAUUUAAUUUUCUGUAGACUUUAUAUUUGUUUAUUCACAGUUGUUUAGUUGUGACGAACAGUUUAUCACUUCCGCA